AUGACGUCACGACGCUGGGGGCGGGGCUACGGCGCGAUCAGAACCGGAAGUGGAGCCCUCAAGGCCGGAAUUGGCCGGAGAGCGAGAAAGCGGAAGCGGAAGUCGCCAUCCGUCGGCACUUCCGGCCCAAGCGGCGCCAAGAUGCCGGCGCUGUUGGAGAGGCCGAAGCUUUCGUCCGCCAUGGCGAGAGCGCUGCACCGCCAUGUCAUGAUGGAGAGGGAGAGGAAGAGGCAGGAGGAGGAGGAGGUGGACAAGAUGAUGGAGCAGAAGCUGCGCGAGGAGCAGGAGCGACGGCGCAGGAAGGAGAUGGAGGAGAGGAUGUCACUGGAGGAGACCAGGGAGCAGCUGCAGAAGCUGCAGGAGCGCCUGUCGUCGCUGCAGGACGAGAAGCACCAGCUGUUCCUACAGCUCAAGAAGGUGCUGCACGAGGAGGAGAAACGGAGGCGCAAGGAGCAGAGCGACCUGACGACGCUGACGGCGGCUGCGUACCAGCAGGGAUUGGUGCACAGCGGGGGACAUGUCCUAAACAUGCAGGGUGAGAUAUGGG